AUGGAUUUUAGUGAGCCAACUGUCACUGCAUUGGCAAUGCCCGAACCCGAAUGGACCUAUCAGGAUACCACGGAUCUGGUCUAUUUGGGGCAACGAAAACGCGUGGAACUCGUCAAAUGGUGCAAUUUGCUGUCAUCGCGGGGUCGUGCGGAACGUAUCGAUAUUAUCGCCAGGCUUAUUUUACCGAUCGCCUUUGGAAUGUUCAACGUGGCCUAUUGGAUGAUUUAUUUGGGCGAUACCAAAUCUUAG